AGUUUCCACUUCAGCUGCAACAGGAAGACUGAGGUGAAGUUUGGAUCAGCUGAUGCAGAAAGUUUCUGGAUAAAUCUGAGUUUAGCAGCCGUCAGCAUCAUGAUUUUGCAGCUUGUCGUUUCCUCGAGAGAACAAUCUGAACAGCCUACAGCUCAUGUUUUAAUGACUUACUCCAAACUCUGCCACCUACUGGGCAAUCAGGAUGGAGGUGGACAUCCUGGAGUUCAAGGUUCCCAUGGACAACAACAAAACCGUAUUCGUUUGGGACAUCCCUCUGGUUCUGACCCAGGACCAGAUUUAUGAGCAGCUCUAUCACGUCUUCUCCUCAUUUGGACCGCUCUACCUGUUGAAGUUGUGUCCCAACGCUCCGCUCCACCCACCUGGUUUCUACGCCAUCAUCAAGUUCUACUCUACUGCUCACGCCGCCAACGCCCAGAGACUCACACAUGGACGCCCUCUGCUUCACAGCUCCGCCCUCAAGGUGAAGCUGAGUUCCAAGCAGACUCCCCACUUCCUGUCUGGCAGGAACGCUCCUCUGAGCCACGCCCGCUGCCUGGAACUGGUCAAUCACUACCUGGGCUUCAAUGGCUGGACCUCUGACAUCAUCACACUGAAGGAGCUCACCAGUGAAGAAGAAGGUGAGGAUGAAGAAGAGGAUGUGGGUGGAGCCAGACAGAGGAUGAGGUUCGGCUGUAUAAUGAAGCUUAGCUUCCCGCGUUACGGCGUGACGACCAGAGGAACCGCAGUGGUGGAGGAGACCUUCACCUGUACAGGUCCAGACGUCCUCCUGCAGAGGCGCUGCAAGCUGCAGCGGUCGGUCAGAGAGAAGGCCCUGGUCCAGGCCUUCUCCUCCGUGCUGCUCAUACUUCUAGGGAAUGGUAAAGUGAUGGUGGAGCUGAAACAGACCUCAGAUCAGUUUGAAGCUGAUGAGACUGAAGACGUCCUGGAGGUGAAUGAGUUUUUCCCGUCUGAUGAAGAGGAGGCUGAUGAUGAAGACUGGGAUCUGACCGUGUCUUAGACUCUCUCAGGAUUACAGUUUGGACUGAUCUGAGGUCGGCUGCAGGCUAACCUGCCUCCUGCCUUCCUGAUUGGCUGGUUCUGCUCAGGUGUGUCAGACAGAAAACAGACUCUGAGAUGCUGAAGUUUUUUAUUUCUGAACAAAGCUGUGGUUCUGCACAGGAAGGUUCUGGUCUGAGCCGUUUAUCUCCCAUCACCUAUCACCAUUUCUCCCACUCUCUGCCUCCCAGCUGGAGUGGGGCGCAGGUUUCCUCCCACCACUACGUAGCCCUGCAGGCAGGAAGCAACAGGCAGGAAGUGGUUAGAACGGUGAUCUGCUUAACCAUUAAUAACGGGCGGGAACUCGUGAAAAGAUGAGUAAAGGUUGGACAUUUACAGGAACAUUUAUAGUUUCAGAUCAGUGUGAAACAUGUGGUCAGGUCUGGUGUUUCAAUCAUUAAGAAAUCCAGAUCAAAAGACCAAAUGUUGGUCAUUUUAGGGAAGUUGAAAAGUAACAUUUUUUGUUUUUAAAAUAAAGGUUUCAGAAAUGACAAA